UCGCGUAGGAACGACGUCUCGCGUCGCAUCGUUACAGGCAGCGUCGUCGGCGUCGAUUGCACCAGUUCAAUGAAUGCCACGGUGAUGUGUUGACAAUGCCAUUGUGAGUGUUUGGUUAGGUUCUGUUGUCGACGGUGAAAGGGUGGAUUGAGAGCCUUUUUUGUUUCGUUCUUGCUGCACGCAUUAUACUCAGGUCGCGAUGUAAUUUGGUGGAGUUAUUACUGUGCCGUUGGGAUGCUGUGCUGUUGUGGAUGUGCAUUCGAAUAACUACCGCGACAAACAGACAUGGUACUUCUGACGACAUGAGAUCUCAUCUGUUAGGGACACUGCCAUGGAUAAAGCUUAUGUUGUUGGUUCUUGUUUCUUCCGCAGUAGGCCAUGCGGAAACAAAAUCUCACACACGCCAUCCACACACCGGAAGUGCACAUCAUCGUUCAAUCCGAGCUGACAGUCGUACGAAUCUGAGCUACGAAUACGGCCCCAACUCUCCAAAACCGGAGUUCACGCAGAUGUACUCCAAGCAAAACGACAAGUUGAUGCUGGAGUGUGCAGUCAAUAUAAACUUUAGCACCAGUAUCUGGCUAAAGGAUGGACAGAUUGUGCAGACCAUCCUCAAAGACAACACUAAUAACAAACGUGUUAUCGGGCAUAGGUUCCUAGUGGACGCUAGUGGGAAUUUGUUUAUAGACAAUGUUAGGUUGGAAGACGACGGAAAGUGGCAGUGUGAAGCCGAAGAUGCCUUCGGAUUUGUUGUCACAGGAAGACCUGUUCAGCUCACUAUUUUAGAUGCACCAAAGAAAGCCUAUCUUAUGAUCGACAACCGAAUUCUAGACCCCGGCAAUCCGUUCAUCCCUGUUAAAGAGAACGCCGAUUUGACUGUGGCCUGCGUGGUGGACGAAGGCAACCCAAAACCGUCGCUGUCCUGGGAACUGAACUUAGGUUCGCUGGCUUUAUUGGAUGCCCCAGAGGUGCCUCUUGACGUUCUCAACAUUACCGAAACAAUUCGGGAUCAAAAAGUUGGUGCGCGAAACGAUGCGAGACUGGCAAGGGUGCAAAGAGCUCACCAUAAUGCCACUUUGACCUGUUACGUACACCACAUCGCGCUUGAACAGCCACUCAACGCUUCAGUUCUCUUGAAUGUCCAAUACACCCCCUCGUUCGCGAUAUCCCGCGAACCGGGUUUCGGUUUUCCCAUCCGAGAGGGAAUGCCUGUAUCUUUGAAAUGUGAUGUCGACGCCAACCCCAAAGCAUUGCCCAUCUGGCAGAAAGACGACUCCAGUCCUCCCGUUCAGCAAACACCGGACGGCUUCUUGAACUUUACGGAAAUUCGCAGGGAGCACAGCGGCUGGUAUAAAUGCAUAGCUCGUCAUAGGCUGGGAAAGUUUUCCAGCAUAGGAUACUUUUUAAACGUGAGGUAUGACAUGGAGGUCACUCAAGAACCCGAUUUUGACAUUGGAGAAUUAAGCUCCACAGGACGACAAGUAGAGGUGGCACUAGGAGGAGCGGUUCAACUCGCUUGUCCCCCAGGCACAUCUGGCUGUUGGACACGCGUAGAAGCAGGCACUGGUCGGCUAGAGCCCAUGGGAGCAUCGCAGGAAUUAAGGCUGGAUAAGGUCCUUUACCAAGAAGCCGGCGAAUACAGAUGUGUAUCCCACAGUAGAGAUCUCACACGAAGGUUGGAUUCCCUUAGAAACGCUUUAUCCGUUCAACUAAUUGUUACAGGUCGGCCUAUGGUAACUCCAAGCAACAAAACCAUCACGGCGGUUUACGGCCAGCCGUUGACUCUGACAAUGGAAUUUUGUGCCAAUCCUCCUUACAACAAGGUCUUCUGGAUAGCGAAAAAUAAAGUUUACAUUCCCGGAGACGCUGACAAAACUGUGAUUGCUUAUGGGAUUACUAACUCCAGCGACCCAAAUUGUCAUCAGGCAGCCCUGUUUUUGACUAAAGUGACUUCUUCAGAAAUAGGAGAAUAUAUGUUCAUGGUGCGGUCGCCUAAUGGUUUGGCAGAAGGAAGUUUUCACGUGAACAUGACUUACGCCAGUGGUUACAAUGUUCAAGAUGUAAAAUCGGCUUGCGUCACACACUGUCAUUUUGCAGCAAUUUAUGUAAAUGUGAUUAUUUUGUUAUUAAUGAAUUGUUAUUCCCGACUGAAUUAGAUAUUAUCAGAUUACACCACAGUAUAUUGUAAUGUAUACUUAACUUACACAAAAUUAUUUAAAGAAAAUAUUGUGGAAUAAUUAUUUCUUAUAACUAGAGCAAUAUUUUCAAUUAAAUAAUUUUUAUAAGAGUAAUUUUUAAAUGUAUAGUUUUCUAUUGUUUGCCACCAAGACGUGUAUAAAUUUGUUAAUAGACGGCGCUUAAAUGUAAAAAUUAUCUGUAAGAAACUAUGACAUGAUAAUAAAAUAUUCGUCCAACCA